AUGGAGAUCGCGUCUCCCCACGCACUAGACCGAGCCCUGAACCAUCCAGGAGUCGGUGUCCAACACUUCGCCGCUAGACUACACCACCACCCCAACAUGACUGCCGGCGCAAAGCCGGCGCACAACCUCAUGCAUUCCCACGCUUCCAUUCAGUCGCUGCACUCUCAGCCCUCCUCCCGCUCCAGCGACGCCACUACUGGCACAACCACCUCCACCCUCUUCAACCCUCCGCCCAUGCCCCCCAAUGCGGGCGCCGUCGCCAAUGGCCUGGCCGACGCCGGCGACGUCAAACCCAAUAACCACAUCAUGAACUCUCUCGCCGACGCCAGCAGCUCUCUCUUCCAGAUCUGCGUCGCCUUGCGACAGCGUCUGCUCGGUGUCCCCGGCUUCAACGAAUCCUUGAUCGAGGAGGAAGAAGAGGCCGAAGAAGAUACAGACCCCGUCACAUUAUUAUGGAGGACCUUCCGCAGAGGAUACCCGCUCAUGCUACUCUACAACGCCCUGCGACCCACCCAGCCGCUGAGUCUACCGCAAGGUGUCAAGGAGGACAAGAAGGCCAAGGCCGCAACUUUCAAGUUCAUCCAGGCCUGUAACUCCGAUUUGAAGAUACCCCAGGAUGAGCUCUUCAUCGUCACCGACCUGUACGGCGAUGACACGACGGGUUUCGUCAAGGUUGCCAGGGUAGUAAACCGUGUGCUCGAUGUCUUGGUCCAACGCGGCCUGGUGGAGGAUGUACGGCCCACAGCGUCCGACUUUGAGCAGGCAGAGAAGGGGAUGAAGCGGACUCAGAGACAACACAUCGUUUCCGAGCUGGUGAAGACAGAGAGAACAUACGUACAACAUCUGGAGCUCCUUCAAGCCUUUAAGCAUUUGGUGGAGGAGAAAGGUGUGAUUCCGGGAGACGCUGUGCACGACAUCUUCCUCAACCUGAACGCACUCUUGGACUUCCAAAGGCGAUUCCUCAUCCGCGUGGAGCAGACCAAUGCCCUGUCAGAGGAUGAACAGAACUGGGGCAAGCUGUUUCUGCUUUACGCCGACGCGUUCAGGGUCUACGAGCCUUAUAUCGCGAACCAAAAGAAAUGCGAGAAGACGGUGAUUGCUGGAUUCUCGAAACUGAGAGAAGCUGGAGGGAGUCUUGAGAUGAGGCAGAUUGUCGAGUCGCCUACUUCACUUUGCGCUUUCCUGAUGAAGCCAUUCCAGAGAUUAACAAAGUACCCUCUACUUCUGGAGCAGCUGUACAAGAAGGGAGAUCUCGACGAGGACCGGAGACAAGAUUUGCUCAACGGAAUGGAAGCCGCGCAAGGCGUUCUUACGAGAACGAACAAGGCCGUCGACAAGGAGGAGAAGAUCGAAGCUGUGCAGGAACUGAAGCAGAGAGUUGAAGAUUGGAAGGGUCACCGGGUAGAGGUAUUCGGUGAACUUCUGCUAUACGGUACAUUUACGGUGCUGAAGAGCGAAAACUUGGCCAACGGCAAGGACGGAGAGCGAUCAGUGAGUGAUGAAACCGCCGGCCAUGCGCCUCGCCUCUCACCUAACUUUACUAAGCAAUCCUUCCAGUAUCACGUCUAUCUCUUCGAGACAAUUCUUCUGUGCUGCAAGAACAUUGACAUCAACAAGCCCAAGAACAAGCUGUCGAACAAGAGCCUUGUCGAUAACAAGGGCAAGCCGAAACUGCAGCUCAAGGGACGCAUUUUCAUGCAGAAUGUCACUGAUUUGGUUUCGCUGGCCAAACCCGGUAUGAGCAACACCUCUAACACGUCGCAUUUAGCGAUUCGCAGCAGUGAUCCGGUAUGUUGAAAAGGAUAUGGCUAAUUUGGUUCGAUUGCAGGCUCAUAUACUUGUCAGAUUUUUUGGAAGGGGGAUCCAAGCAUCGAGAAUUUCAUCAUUCGAUUUACAACCGAGGAUGCGCUACGUAAAUGGGCGCAACAGAUUGAUGUCCAGCGAAGGAGAUAUCGCGAACGAGUCUCGGCGGCCAGGCAGAGCGAAGGCGCUAGGACCGGCGGUACCAGCGCGACCGAAUUCACCUACAUGCAAAACCAACCCGCCCUGGAGAACCCUUAUCAAGAGGAAGAUGAAGAAGACGACCUUGAUACCAUCACAGGUUGGUCCGGCUCCUCGUCCGGGUACCCGUUAUCCGGUGGAUUCUCACAAAGCCGAAACGGUAGCUCCAGCUCCCUUCGCUCACGGAGUACCACAAGUGAAAGCACCCAGUCGGUUCACUCAGUUCGACAGCAACCACCUCGGCUACCGUCGGGGAGCAUUCAACAGCCUAUGCUGUCGCUCCGAACGCGAGAGUUGCAACAAGCAGCAGCGUCGCCCGGAAGCGACCGGAACACGGACAGCUACUUUUCUCCCGCCCCCGAAACACCCAUGUCCUCGAGAACCAGCGCCAGCUCCGGCAUGUAUCCAUUCCCCCGUCAGCCAAUGCCGCAAAAUGGAUACUACGAAGAAGGACAUGGAGGAUCUCGGUUCACCGCGCCUGCGAUGGGCAGACCGCAGGCAAAUGGCCCUCAGAACAGUUACGGCCCGCCGGGAAGAGUGCCAGUCGGAAGGGGUUAUCCCCCGGGAGCCGGUAUGCACAGCUCUUUGCAAAUGCCCGGACCACGGAAUCGAUCUGCAAGCAGCCCAGAUAUUCAUAAUGGCCAGCGGAUGCCUCCACGAAACGGCAGCCAACCGCCCGUACCUGAAAUGCCCGCCGGCUUCCAGAAUCCAAAUAGAAGUCAGAACAACUCCCCCAACCUUGUGAAUGGUGCCGCGGGCAGAGGGUCACCGCAAAUGCUCAGGGAGCAACAGUACUCCAUGCAGCAGGAGACAUCACCAAUAGAGUACGGCCAUGCACUGCAACGGCCGACAAUGUCGCAGAUCCCCAGCUCUAGGGCGAUAACGCCCGUGGGGCCUAAGGGAGGUUUUGCGCCGCCGCCAUCGGAAGUACAACCAGCACCAACAACACCCGCACAGCUGAAGGUCAAGGUGCAGUGUCCAUCGGCGGCACAGACCCUGACAUUGGUCGUGUCCACAACCAUAUCAUACCAGACAUUGAAGGAUCGGAUCGAUGCCAAACUUCAAAGAUCGACGAAUUUGACUUUGCAGGAUCGAAGGCCGUCAGAUGCUACGGAGAAGAUUCCCGUCAAACUCAAGUACCUGGAUGAAGACGAUUAUGUCAGCAUUCAAUCUGAUGAGGAUGUCCAAACUGCCUUCGAAACCUGGAGGGAGCAGAAGGGCGAGGGCAUCGGCGGCAUGGGAGAAAUUGAACUCUUCUGCCAGAGAUGA